AUGUCGCAAUUAGAAGCUGGAGCAGGUGUAGCACAAGUGGUAAAUCGCUGUCGAAGUGCUAAGGAGGAUAAGAGGCUCGACUUAUCAGAUUGUAAGCUGAUUCAAGUCCCAGAGGCUGUCUACUUUCUCAUGAAGAAUGUUGGUGUAGAAUCUAUCAAUUUAACCAACAAUGCAAUUCCUCGACUGCCAACCAAAUUUGCUGUUAUUUUCCCUCAACUAUCAGAAUUAUGUUUACAAAGAAACAAAUUCAGUAAUUUGCCUGAUGAGCUAAAGGAGCUUACAAGUCUAGAGAUGCUGGACAUCUCCUAUAAUAAUUUUACUCGACUACCAAAUGUCACUUACAAAUUUUCAAAACUCAAAUUCCUGAAUGCUGAAAACAACUCCAUAACAAGUGUGGACACUGACCUGCUUCGUGACAUGACAAAUUUGGAAGAAGUGAAUCUCUACAGAAAUCCCCUCCCUGAUACCUUACAAAAGAGUCUGAGCAGUGAAGUUUUGUUUACUGUUCUUGUGGUCAGCAUCUCCAGGCCCUUUCCACACUCUAUACUUCUAUUUUUUUUUCUCUCUCUCUCUUCCCAUUUUACAUUAUGUAGUGGCAAUGAGGCCUUUAUCUAG